AUGGAAAGUAACAUUGUAAAGAGAAAUAGUUCCAAUGACUCAUCUGUCUUUGUUCAAGGAAAUUUUCAUGAGCUUCUCAUGACAUCACUACUCGGCACUAUCCUGAUCAUCAUGUGUGUCUUUGGUGCUGCCGGUAAUAUCUACACUUUGUACAUUACAAGCUUUUCUAUCAAAUCCGGUGGCUCUUUGUAUGUGUACAUUGUGAAUCUGGCCUUGGCUGACCUCCUCUACCUGUCUACUAUUCCCUUUGUGGUCUUCACGUAUUUUGCCAGGGACUGGCUCUUUGGGGAGGCUGGCUGUAGGAUUUUGCUUAGUCUGGACCUAUUGACCAUGCAUGCCAGUAUUUUCAUCUUGACAGUGAUGAGCCUUGAGAGGUACAAGGCUGUGGUUAGACCAUUAAGAUCAAGACAGUCCAGCAACUACAGAAAGAUAACCAGUUUAGUACUGUGGAUACUUUCCUUUAUACUAACACUGCCAAUGAUGUUAAUGAUUCACCUUAGAGAAAGUUCAGCUACAAAGAAAAGGAUCUGCUUCCCAACCUGGAAACUGGAGGCUUUCAAGAUAUACCUGACCAUCCUUUUUACAACAAGUAUUUUAGCUCCUGGAAUUAUAAUCGGCUAUUUGUACAUAAGGCUUGUAUGGGCUUACUUGAAGUCUGAAAGGAAAGUUCUACCUAAUAAAAAUAAAAACCUGAAACAAAAAGUUGUGUAUAUGGUUUUCUGCAUAGUGCUGGCAUACUGGGCAUGUUUUCUGCCAUUCUGGGUAUGGCAGCUGGUAAAACUGUACUCCCAUGCAUUUCUAAAGCUUGCACCUCCAAUUCAAAUGUAUGUAAAUUUCUUUGUAACUUGUCUUACCUACAGUAACAGCUGUAUUAACCCUUUUCUUUAUUUGCUCCUCACCAAGAACUACAAGGAAUAUCUGCUAAACAAAAGCAGGAGUUCUGUGAGUAAUGACAGAUCACUCUUCAAGAACUGGAGGGUUACAAGUAAAGGAGAGGAGAGUUUUGCCAAAUCCAACUUCUGA